AUGGAAGAGAAAGAUGAAGCCGACACCAAUAUUGCUGAAGGUUUAUGUGAUGAUUGUCGCCCUGCUGCUGUAAGCAGGAUUUUGGGGCGCUUAGUAACCCAAAAUACCACAACAAAUGGACUGGUUUAUGUUGAAACAAGGCUGGAAAAGAUGAACAGCGUUGGGACUGUUUUCUACUGCUAUUUUUGGACAGCAGAAUACCUAAAAAUUGGACUGGUUUAUGUUGAAACAAGGCUAGAAAAAUGGGCAGCAUUGGGCUGCUAUUGGAGCAAGAAAUAA